AGAUUUAUCCAGCCCUUGUAUGUGAUUGGUCAAAAGUUGAACUGGGAUGGCAACUAUCUCUGCCCUCCGUAAUUAUUGUGGGAUGUGAAGUAGAGUCCACUGUAAACACCAGUUGGAAACAGACUUUAAAAAACACCAGUUGGAAACAGACUUUAAAAACGACCUAUUUUUUCAAAUUUGUCGAAGUUUAAUGCAACAUUUAAAUGGAUACCCAUCUGUGAUUAAUGGACGCAUUUGAUUGUAUGCCUCGACUGAUUUCAGCUUUUCCAUUCCAUUUACCGAUCUACAGGCAGUCCGCGAUCAUUAUAGUUGUGUUCAAGAACGGUCGGUGAAAUCGGCCACUAAUAAAUAAUGGAGACCGUGCAGACUUCUAUGAGAAUGGGUUGCCCGUUUUUAAUGAAGAGGCUGAUACGAGGUUAACUUAAUUCACUGUUAACGUCAGAGUUGGGGGAACAUUAAGUUGUCUUCACUCAGGAUGGGAGUCCUCAAGAUCAUGCUGCUCAUCUUUGAGUCUGUUCUGUUGUCUGACUGUGCAAGGGGUCCUCCGUGGGUGUCUGAGAGGGUGGCCCACAGACAGCCAGUGCGCCUGGGGAGUUCCAUCAAGCUACCAUGCUCUGUGGAGGGAGACCCUCCACCCCUCAUCAUGUGGACCAAGGACGGCCGCAACAUCCACAGCGGCUGGAUCCGCUUCCGCAUCCUCCGCCUGGGCCUGAAGAUCAAGGAGGUAGAGGCCGAGGAUGCUGGAACCUACGUCUGCAAAGCCACCAAUGGCUUCGGCAGCGUUAAUAUCAACUAUACCCUCAUUGUCAUCGAUUACUCUGGCGCUGAUAAGACUGGGCCAGGGGUCCCUGGUGGGGUGGACUCAGAGUAUGGCCCUGAUGGCCUAUCAGGAAAACUAGUUCGUCCCCGUUUCACCCAGCCUGCUAAAAUGAGGAAGCGUGUGAUCGCCCGGCCCGUCGGGAGUUCUGUGCGGCUGAAGUGUACGGCCAGCGGUAACCCUCGGCCAGACAUCGUGUGGCUGAAGGAUGACAGGCCACUGACGGAGAGUGAGGUGGGCGAGGGGCGCCAGAAGAAGUGGACCCUGAGCCUGAGGAACCUGACCCCGGAGAACAGCGGCAGGUACACCUGCAGGGUCUCCAACCGAGCCGGAGAGAUCAAUGCCACCUACAAAGUGGAGGUCAUACAGCAGACCAACUCCAAGCCCAUCCUGACAGGCACUCACCCAGUCAACACCACAGUGGACUACGGUGGGACUACCUCAUUCCAGUGCAAAGUGAGGAGCGAUGUCAAACCCGUCAUCCAGUGGCUCAAGCGUGUGGAGUCCAACGAGGAGAGUCGGUACAACUCCACCAUUGAGGUGGGCGACCAUCACUUCGUGGUUCUGCCCACGGGAGAGGUGUGGUCACGCCCUGAUGGCUCCUACCUCAACAAGCUGCUCAUCACCCGUGCCAAGGAGGAGGACUCUGGCAUGUACAUCUGUCUGGGCGCCAACACCAUGGGCUACAGCUUCCGCAGCGCCUUCCUCACCGUUCUGCCAGACACCAAGCCACCCAUCACCCCGAUGUUCACCCCAGCCUCCAGCCCCCUCCCUUGGCCUGUCAUCAUUGGCAUCCCUGCUGGCAUGGUGUUCAUCUUUGGUACAGUGCUGCUGUGGUUCUGCCAGAGUAAAAAGCACUGUUCCCCAACCAGCACUGCAUCUGCCCAGGUCCUGCAGGCCUCCCACCGGCUGCCCUACCGGGAGAGGGACAGGAGCUUUGUGGCCCCUUCCUCCAGCCCAGAGAAGGACUGCCUGGGCUCCAUAAACUAUGAAGAGUAUCUGGCUCAGCAGCAGCUUCUCCUCACUCAAGGGGGCUCUGCUCUCCCCCCCAAAAUCUACCCCAAAAUCUACAAUGACAUCCACACUCACACACACUCCCACGUGGACGGGAAGGUGCACCAGCACAUUCACUUUCAGUGUUAGCCAUGUGCCAAAUGUUGUCCCCCUCUCUGCGCCUCUGAAGGAUUGCUUCGUAAAGCGAAGGUCUGAGCUUUGGACUGAACCUCAGAGAACAGCUCUCUGGUUAAACACAUCUGGGGCUGCUCUUUGAACUGUCACCUUGCCUGUGCUGGAUCUUGAUCUAACUGGACAUAACUGGGGCUUUAUAAUGAUCAUUCAGUACAACAGUGAAAUUAAGGUGAUGGUACAGGAGCAGUUUGAGGUUAGUGCAUAAAUGGCUGCCCUAGUGAUUUCUCAACUAAAAUAACAGCUUCCAAUGACAAUGUAUGGUUUUUACUGUACCUGCAAACCUGCCUGGUCCUUGGUGCUACUUUUUUUCAUAUCAAAACCACUGAACCCUGAUGUGCACUUAAAUCACCAAAAGAUUCUGCAAUGCAUUAAAGGCAGCUAUUCAGACUUACUGAGAGUGCAUAUCCAUUAGUAAAUACAUAAUCCAUCAUUAACUUGUUUACCCAUAAACUAACCAACAAGGAUUAGGGUCAGUUUUGACCUUUUAUCUCUUAUGUUGGGUACAAGAUACAGUACUUCAACAUCACCUAGCAGAGCUUAAGGCGGUAUGGAAUACAAUACAAAAGGGCUGGUAUUACGCUCAUACUCAGGUAGCCCCUUUUGAUUUUGGUAAAUGUUUCUUUAUUGUUCAAAUGCACAUUCAUUUAACCCAGACCACUAUUGAUGUGCCACCAAUAAUCCUGUUUUCCAAUCACAAAAAAGGCAAUAUGAAAAUACAUUGUUAGCAUUUAUUUGGUAUGUGAAUCAUGUCCAUAUCAAAGACUGCAUAUAGAAUAUUGUCCCAAUGUUGACUGGACUCGCUAAAUAUCAUUGCCAGAAUCCAAACGUUACCACCACUAGCCUUGUGUUUUGUAGAAUCCUUGCAAAUAUCGUGUUGCAUUGAAUACAUAGUCCGCAGUCUAAUUCAACCACAUUUUAGAUUUUUUUUUUUAAAAGGUACAUUUAAAAAGGUUCUGUAGUUGCAAUGUAAUAUGAAAGACAAUGCCAAUAAGGAUAAUCAUAGUUUAUGCAAGUACUUAGACAAUCUUGUAUGAUAUACCCCCAUUAAAAAAAAAGUUGAUUUGAAAGAAGGACAGGCACAGAUUAUUUAGUUCAUGGCCUCAAUUCUUUACAGGAACUUGGUUGAUGCCUCAAUUAUAAAAAUCUAUACUAUGAAUGACCUCUGAAAAUGAGAAUUGCAAGGAUGUUUGUAAAAGUAUCCGGUCAGCCCCCCGGCUUCCACUGGGAAUGAAGGGAUGGGUUCAGUGAUCGUUAGCUGCCCUGCUAGGUAAGGACCAUCAGGAGGCCCCUACAAAAGGCAGGUCAGCUUUCUUCCCGACAUGGCUGGAAGAGCCUAGUCUACACAGGGUGAUUCAGAGGGCAGCCACCAAAGGGCCAGUGGUGCUGGAAUAGAUAGAAAGUGCUCUCACAGGAGAAUGAUGGCCCCUGCAAGAGUACACCGACUAGCAUCGCUCCCAUUUAAGAGUGAAUCUAGCCCUUCUCCUCCCCUCUGCCCCACACUACCACCUCAUUCAUCUCCAAUCUAGGUAGGAUUUCCUUUCACCAUUUAGGAAGUGCAUUGUCCUGGUCUGGGAGUGAUGUGACAGGACCCUGUGAUUGCUCAGGGAAGAAGGGGAGCAUUGUAUCAGGGUAGCUUGUUUUGUUGUAAGCAUUGUGGAACGGGAUGAGCUUUGGUUCUGGAGACAAGAGGCUAUUGAAAUGUUUUAACAGCACAUCACUAGAAGAAUCUACGGAGGUACUUUUAGCUACUGUUCAGAAUAACUUGUACAAAUGUCACUGCUAUGCUCAUCAGAACAUGCAAUGAAUGCACGCAACCACAAACUCAAAAUUACCUUUGCAAAGACUACACUACAAAAUAUUACUUAUGGUAAACAGCAUCUCCUGGAGGAUCAAAAUGGAAUUGAAGGCUACAAUGCAAUUCAAAUAAACUUGCAAGGAGCUACAACGGA